AUGUUUAUAGCCAGAAAGAAGCUGCAAUUUCAGCGGCUUUGGAGACAAAGGUUAGUGGAAUUUUGAAAACUAGGUCAAAUGUCCUUAUUGAUAAUGAUUGAACGAAUUAAUGAAAAUCAAUAAUUUUUAAAGAGGGUUCCGCGUGUCGAUUUAUAUUGGGCUUGCUAUUCUUGUAUUGAUCGGAAUUGUAUAUAAUCGAGAUGAUGUUGUAAGUUUAUACUUAUUUGAAUUUAUCUAAUUAAUUAAAUUAAUUAAGAAUAAUUUUGCAAUGUCUGACACAAAAAGUGGAUUAAUGAAAUUCGAUGAUGUAGAUCAAUGGAAAAAUGAAGAAUUACCUGGAGGACCCGAUCCACAUACAACUUUCAAUGAAAAUGAGCUGGGAAAUUAUGAGCCAAGAGAACCAGAAGUUCCUUCAAAUCAACCAGGAGAACAUGGAAGACCUGUUCAAAUUCGAGAUUCUGAAGGAAUUGCUGCGGGAAGAGCUGCUGAAUCAGAAUUCGGUUUCAAUACAUAUGUUUCUGAUAUGAUUUCAAUGAAUCGAACAAUUCCUGAUAUUCGACCAAAAGAAUGUCAACAUUGGGAUUAUCCAGAACAAUUGCCAACUGUUUCUGUUGUUAUUGUUUUUCAUAAUGAAGGAUGGACUCCAUUAUUAAGAACAGUUCAUUCGGUUCUUUUGAGAUCACCUCCAGAAUUGAUUCAUCAAAUUGUUAUGGUUGAUGAUUUCUCAGAUAAACGUAAGUUUUCAAUUUUUGUGUGUUUGUUUAUGUUAAUUCAAAAUUCUUUUAGAACAUCUCAAAGAAAAGUUGGAUAAAUAUGUAACUCGUUUCAACGGAAAAGUAAUCGUUGUUCGAACUGAAGAAAGAGAAGGUCUCAUUCGUGCUCGAUCAAUUGGUGCACAACAUUCAACUGGUGAUGUUGUUCUAUUUCUUGAUGCUCAUUGUGAAGUUAACACAAAUUGGCUUCCACCAUUAUUAGCACCAAUCAAAAAUAACAGGUUACUUAGUUAUAUUAUUUUUUCGAUGAUUCUAUAUUUUAAUUAUUUCAGAAAAGUGAUGACUGUUCCUGUAAUUGAUGGAAUUGACUCAAAUACAUGGGAAUAUCGUAGUGUUUAUGGAAGUCCAAAUGCUCAUCAUAGUGGAAUUUUUGAAUGGGGACUUUUAUAUAAAGAGACACAGAUUAGUGAAAGAGAAACCAAACAUCGAAAACAUAACAGCCAACCGUUCAGGUGAGAAUUUAAUCGAUUUUUAAUAUCGUAUCAUUUUUAUUUAUUUUUAUUUGAAUUGAAUUGAAUUUUUUCAGAUCUCCAACUCAUGCCGGUGGUCUUUUUGCAAUUGAUCGUCGCUGGUUUGAAGAACUUGGUUUUUACGAUGAAGGACUUCAAAUUUGGGGAGGUGAACAAUAUGAAUUGAGUUUCAAAAUUUGGCAAUGUGGAGGUGGAAUUGUUUUUGUUCCAUGUUCUCACGUUGGACAUGUAUAUAGAUCACAUAUGCCUUAUACUUUUGGAAAAUUAUCUGGAAAACCGGUAAUAUCUAUAAAUAUGAUGAGAGUUGUUAAAACUUGGAUGGAUGAUUAUGCACAAUAUUAUUUGACAAGAGAGCCGCAGGCGGCAAAAGUUGAUCCAGGAGAUAUUAGUAAACAACUUGGGAUGAGAGAUCGAAUGAUGUGUAAAUCAUUCAAAUGGUGAGAUUUUUAUAUUUUAUUUUGAAUCGAGAGAGAGGGUUAUAUAUUUUUGUAACGAUUUGUGCAGUUGUUUAAACAUUCACAAUAUUUGUUUUUCGAUCUAUUGUAUUUUUUAUUUUUUCUGUAUCUUGUUUCAAUCCUCGGGGUCAAAAAUUUCCAACAAUUUUUGAACUUUUCAGGUAUGUUGACAAUGUUGCAUACGAUGUUUUGACAAGUUAUCCACUUCUUCCACCAAAUGAUGUUUGGGGAAGCGCAAAAAAUCCAGCAACUGGAAAAUGCCUCGAUAGAAUGGGUGGAAUUCCUGGACCAUUAGGUGCUUCUGGAUGUCAUGGAUAUGGUGGAAAUCAAUUGAUUCGACUCAAUGUUCAAGGACAAUUAGCACAAGGAGAAUGGUGUUUGACAGCAAAUGGAUCAAAUAAAAUCCAAGCAAAUCAUUGUACAAAAGGAACUGUUGAUGGACAAUUCAGUUAUGAUAAAAAUACUCAACAAAUAGUACAUAAAGCGAAACGAAGAUGUAUUACUGUAGCCGAAGAAGGAAACGAUGUCAAAUUAUUGCCGUGUAGUCCAGAUAACGAGUUACAAAAAUUCGUGUGGAAAGAAUUUUAUCAAGCCAAUUGA